GAGAAUGAGCAACAGGGCAAAGCCAUAAAGCUGACUUAAUGGUCGCAGCUACCCAAGAUGGCGGCAGCCCCAUCCAUCCAGCCGCCGAGCGUUCACUCUUCUAUAGCCGGGGAGAGCGCACUUUCCCCGGAGAUGGACAUCCCCGAGAGCAGGCAGCCGGAGGAUAAGGAGGCGGCGGCAGCAACAGCACAGCCCUCCGACUCGGAGAUUAGCCUCCGCGACCUGCCAGACCUGGAGCCGGAGGAGAUCGAGAGGAGGCUGGCCAAAACUCGACAAGAGCUGAGCAACAGGAGGAAAAUCCUCAUUAAGAACCUGCCGCCUGACACCACUAACCAGGAAGUCCACGAGAUUCUGAAAGAAUAUGAACUGAAGUACUGCUUUGUGGACCGUAACAAAGGCACAGCCUUUGUGACUUUGCUGAACGGGGACCAGGCUCAGGAUGCCAUCCGCUCCCUCCAUCACAGCACUGUCCGGGGACGCUUGAUCAACGUCACGCUGCAGCCCACCGACUCCCUUCUCUGCCUCACCAACCUGCCCCACACCUUCACUGCCCAGCAGUUAGAGGAGCUGGUACGUGCCUAUGGGAACAUCGAACGCUCCUUCCUGGUGUACAGCGAGCUGACGGGCCACUCCAAAGGAUAUGGGUUUGUUGAAUACAUGAAGAAGGAUUCUGCAUCACGGGCCCGUUCUGAGCUGCUGGGCCGACCACUGGACGAUCGCUCAUUGAUGGUGCAGUGGAUGGACGUCAACCAGCUGAGCCAAGAGGAGAACCUGCACUCCAAGUGUCUGUGUAUAAACCGGCUGCCGCUGGACCUCUGUGACUCUGAAGAACUGACCCAGCUCUUCUCAGAAACCUACAAACCUGUCUUCUGCCAGCUUGCUCAGGAUGAGGGCAGCCCAGUGCGAGGCUUCGGUGUGGUGGAGUAUGAGAACUCGGAGCAGGCGGAGGCUGUGCUGAUAGAGAUGGACCGAACACUGGUGGGAGGACAGGAGGUCCGUCUGUCACUCUGUACCCCCGGCACCUCAGGGAGAAGCACCCUGGCUGCACUCAUCGCCGCCCAGGGUAUGAUUCUGAGUAAUAGGAAAGGUCUGCUACCAGAACCCAACCUCGCCCAGCUGUUAACCAGUGUGACCAACCCUGCUGCCCUGCAGAUCCUCAUGAGGCCGUACCACACUGGGAAAAGAGGAGGGAAGUACGGACGUCACACCAGCCUGCCAUUCCUCAGACCUCCUCUCACCACAGCUCUGCUCACACUGGGAAAAGCACACCAGAAUGCUAUGCUGGGUAAUGGACUAGUCCUCCAGAAUCUCUUGCACAUGCAGCUCGCACAGCAACAGCUUCUUCACAUCAAAGACAAACGCCUCAGCAACGUCUCCAGUCUGCUCGGGGACCCGUCCAGGCUGCUGAUGCAGAAAGCUUUGUCUCUGCGGCCUCCAGGCCUUGUGUCGCUGGGGAAAGGCCUCCUGGGAGACUCCCCAACAGAGCUGGGCCAGGAGUCAAUGCCAUCCCACAAUGCCACAGUAGUGGUAUCAGCAGCAGGUGUGAUGCCAUACCUCCAUGGUCGAGCUGGAGGGGGAGAACUAAACAGCACCCAUUCUAUCUCCACAAACCCUUCUGCUUCCUCUUCUUCUUCUUCCUCCUCCAUCUCCUGUGACAGGCAGCCAGCUCCUCCCGGGACCAUGGUGAGCUCCCAUCUGCAGGAACAGUGCUAUUCCUUGGGUUUAAGUCACUCAGGCCUCGGCCCACCUCCACCCAAACCCCCUGGAGGAGUUUAUACGUCAACAGGCCAGCGCCACAGCUCAGAUGGCUACCCCCUGGCUAGCAUGGUAAGCAGUGGUCAGGGCUCUCUGUUGGGCGAUCCUCCUAAAGAAGUGAGACUGCCCUCCAAUCCUUAUCUGAACCUGGCCAGUGUCAUGCCAGGGAUGGUUAUGCAAGGGUCAGUGGGGAGUAAAGCACAGGGAGGACAGCCUGGCUCUGGGGUUUACGGCAGCUCGGUUGCUCCCAUCGUCUCCCAGGGUUCCGGCUCCUUCUCCCACAACGCAACAGCUACAACCACAGCUCAGUACAGCACUGAUACCUCCACUGAUUACAGCCAGUACAACCAGGCCUACACACAGGAGGCCAUGCAGCAGUGGUACCAGCACUACCAAGCUCAAGCUCAAGCUCACACCUACAGCACCGCUGCUCAGCAGGACAACACUGCCACAGACUACAGCAAGGAGCACACACAGGCUCCUCCGGUGACGACCUAUGGGGAUUACAGUUCCUACAUGCAGGCAGUCACUCAGUACUACUCCCAGCCUGCAACAGCCACCCAGGCCUACGCCAGCAAGGAGGUAGAUGUGUGUAAGCCUCUAGGAGUCUCUCUGCACACAGUCAGUAACGGCGCUGCCCCUCCCCCGGCCGUCCUACCAGCUGCUGCCGUGCUCCCAGCCUACAGCACCCUGCCAUUAAUGCCCGGCUUCCUGGGCGCGCCACACCCGGCGGCGGCCACGCCAAGCCCCGUCACACACACACACACUGCCGCCACCGACUGGAACACCUACUACUACAACCAGACGAGGGGCCAUAAAAGGGAGUACCCUCAGCUGGCGGUGCAGGAAGUGACAUCAUCAGAUGGCGCCUACAUCGGGCAGCACUCCCAAGGCCUGGGAGGGCAGUACGCUGACUACUUUAAGAGGAAGAGGCUCUAGUAUGAACUAAACCACCUUAAAGCCUAAAGCUUAUGGAAGGAGGCGCGCACACACACACUGCGUCUGCUGGAUGUCACAGCUCCCUCUAGUGGCCUUUCUGUGGCUGCCAUUUUGCAUCCCUACAGUAGGUAUUGCGUUAAUAGAAUUUAGGGUUGCAAAUGGCUCAAGUGAAAGCAAGCCAUAGUGCUCUUUGAUCCUGGCACUAAUGUACACACUCAAACGCACACACACACACACACACACACACAUGCACAUAGACACAAACAUGGUGUUGCUUUUGUCCUGUUCAAGCCUUAAACUCUUUAACUUAAACUGUUGUUUUUCAGUCAGUGUGUCACCUGUACUCAAAUAAUAUUAUCUUGUACAUUUUUCUAAUAUACUGUAAAGUAAAGUAUACUGUAUCUGUACGUAUAAGCUGCUUUUGUAUCUGCAGCCAGGCAACCUGUCUGCCUGCCUGCUGAAACUGUCUUAGGACUACUCUUACAGUCGGGUGUCUCCCUCUCUGUCGCCUUUCAAACUCGCGCUUUGAUUAAUCGGUCGGACUGACGUCUGUUGGUUCCCGCUUCAGUGUCUUUUCUCUUUUUGCUUGUAUUGCCCAGAUUUCCUCUUUUAUAUCUCCCUGCUGCGGAGAAUUAGAGUGUGUGUUUGAGUGUGUGUGUGUGUGUGUGUGUGUAUAUGUUUAUGCGUGUUGAUGCUGUUUGUGUAGGAAGUGUCAGCCAUUUCAAUCCCAGCGUAUGGGAGCACAUCAGGAAAAACAAGGGCCUGAACCAUUUAUAGCCCUUAAUUGUGGUGACUUUUACAAUAGCUUCCCUCAAUGAAUGGACCUUUCUUUAUAAAGACUGGACAGAAAAGAAAAGGCUGGUGUAAAUACAGUGUGUAAUACAGAAUAUAUAAAGCCAUGCGUACCAGACAAUAUCCCAUUUAAUGGACGUUUCCCAGCUCUCUUGUGAGCGUAUUGUACUACAUGAAUGACAGGAAAACAUUUAUUGCGUGUCUGAUUUUUGUUUUCAAUCUAUACUGUUAUUUAUUUGAAAAAUAUAAUAAUAUUUUGAGGCAUUGUGUUGACUUAAAUGUAGUUAUCUGGUUUAGUUUUUAACAUUUAAGCCAAAUAUUAGGGCACAGACCUUUCUCUUCUCUCUAUCUGUUUUAACACAUUAGAGUGUUUGCGGGAAGACCUGUUGGCACUGUAACAGCAGCUUUACUUCCAUUUCUAGCUGCAAUUAAAAUAAAAAAAAUUCGGAAUGUAAAUUUGCCCCGAAUCCAUACUACUUACCAACUCAAAGCAGGUUUUUUAGUAAGUAGUUGCACACGCAAAAGUGACAAAAUACAGAAAACUCAAACCUCUCAGUAUGUAACCGUAAAAGCCCGGACAUGAAGGAGCUGUCCACUGAAAGAAAAAAUAAAUAAAAGUAAUAGUUGGUUAUGGUAAUUUGUCUCCAGAAACAAAACAAAAAGCAAAAUUACAUUUUAGAAUAAAACAUUUGGCUUUCUCUUUGUGAAGUUUAAUUGGCAGGGAUAUUCUAAAGUUGGAUAGUGUUUGCAUGGUGCACAAAUUGCGUCAUUUCCAUAACAUGGUAAAGUAUGUUUUUGUAUACUGACUGAAAAAAAAAAGAAAAAGAUUAGUAUAUACAGUUGGUACCUAGGUCUAUGAGAUUGUGACACAGGGACAGUACCAUCUACAGAAUCAAAAACAUUUAUAAUUUUCAUUUUUAUUUUUUGCUCAUAAUGUGCAACUGGUAAGCUGGUAAAAUUUCUGCACCUUCCAGCUAUAUAUAUAUAAAUGAACAUAGAAAUGUUAUAAUAUUUGUGUUGUUUUUUUUUAUUAAAGCAAAGGCUGUGAACUCAAUGAUACUUCAUGUCCAGAAGGUUUGAUAUCUAUUACUAAGGAGAGGGCUUGUUAUUUUAAUAUUACAGCGUGAACAUUAGGUUUUUUUUAUGUGCACAAACUGGCAAUAACUAUGGCUUCCUACUACUGUAAAAAAGUGGAAUGUAAAUUGUUUAUUUUCUAGUGUGAAUUUCAUAUACUCCCACGUAAUGGCUCACACGCUUGGUAAAAGCUUUUUCUGCCCGUUUGUACGUCUCUUUGUAUUCUGCUCAUAGGUAUCUGAUUAUAUAUCACGGAGCAGAAUAUUACUUGCAUCACCAUGGCAACCACGCUCACACACUGUGAAACCCAAUAGCAGGUGAGAUCAGAUAAUGCCUAAAAAGAUCAGUUUAGUCCAGAAAAGUGGUGUGAGUUUCAACAGCUGGCUGUAAACAGGACGUACACGCUGUUUACAGAGUUGAGUGUCAAUGGUGGUGUACAGGCACGCUUAUUAAGUACUAAUAGAAUGACUAAAGCUAAAACUAAAGGGCAAUACAUAUCCUAUUCUUUUGUACCUACGCUUGACUCUCUUGCUGUCUGCUCCUUAUCUAAUUACAUGUUUUUUAACUCGAUUUGACUGUGACGCGUUCCAUGCUGUCAUGUCCCGCUUUUAGUUCAUAGAGUAACAUUUAACCUGCAACAAGCGACACAUUUUGAAGCAUGCAUCCAUAAAAUAUUUUAUUGAGGAUGUGGACAAUACAAAGAAAAAAAGGAGGGAAGUAUUAGAAUGCAAAGAAAAUGGGAAAAUGUCAUAUAUUCUGCUAAAUAUGUGUACAAAUACAGGCAGGAAGAGGAUCAGGCAGAGUUGCUGCCGAUCAAAGCCUGUUUUGUGUUCUUUGUUGCGUGCCUGUAUGUAUGUAUGCACUUAUUUAGCAUAAUGAUUUCCACCUUUUCUUUUUAUUCAAUGGCUCCUUUCCUUUUUCUUUUUCUUUUGUAGUACCCAUUUGGAAAGUCUUUUGAUGGAGGAUAUGGACAAUUUACCCACCCUCUUCUUGUUUUUACAUUCAGUCAUUUUCAUACGCUGACAUUUCCCAGAAUCUAAAUUUAGACAGUUAACGGUGUCCCGCUUUCCCCACUGAUCCUAAAACCUAAAACUUGAGUUUACAUAUAUAUUACGUAUUAGAUUUAGCUUGUAAACAUUUUAAAAGUUAAUCACCUUUUACUUUUUCUUCUUUACUUUAUUUCUAGCAAAUAUAAACUUUAUAAAUAGCAUGAAUUUAUAUUUUUAAUUUCCAUUUUUUCAAAUUUUACUAACUUGUCUUUGCACUUUUGCGACUUAUGGUCCAGACUGUCUCCUGUAUGAUUCUGACUAUAACUUGUGGUGGCUGUGCUACUUUCAAAUUUUAUUUAUUUAUUUAUUUUUUGGGGGGUGGUGGGGGUUCUCUUGGCCUGCACAGUAUUACACUAUUAAAAUCAGAUCAACUUAUAUUUAAUUUUGCUUCAAGAUAUUUCACCUUCUGUUCAAAUUUGUUCUCAAUCUCUUUGCAAGCGAUUUCCUUUUUAUAAUAAUUUAAAAACACUCAAUAUAGGUUCAGUAUAUUGAAUGGAUAAUGUUACUGUCUUCACAUUACAGAAAUGCACAAUUUAUUUCUGUUUGAAUUAAUUUAUCACAGUCUUAUAUUGCACACCCAGCAAUUUAGACAAAAUAUAGAUAUGUAGCUGUGUAGGUCUGUAAUGUAAACAUCUUUAAAGCCCUUUCCUCGUCUUCUCUGCUCUGCUGCUCCAACACCUGAUCUGUCUAUUUGCUGAUUUCUCUUUCUUGAAACAGAAAAUAGAAUACAUUUUGGGGAAAGGCAAGAGAUCCAGUAAGUCAGCCUGCAAACACUUCAAGUUGGGGAGAAAGAGCCCCACUGUUUGUACUGUAGAUGCCAUUUUUGCAUUUUCCCCUCUUAAGCAGUUCUUUUAAUUGAUUAUACCACUUUUAUCAGCCUGAUCCCCCCUCCCUGAAUCAACCCCUUAGAUACAUUUUAUGGCGACGUUCAGCGCCUCAGUUUGAUUUGCUUCCUGGUGUAAGUGGAUGAACAGUAGUAGCCAGCUGGACUCCAGGUGACCGGAUAGACAUGUCUGUCUUUGUGAGUGUGUGUUCGGACCAGAGACAGGGCCUCUGUGUUUUUGGAAGUGAACAGCUGAGGCAACGGACAAGCACAACUGCUGUUGACAGAAAUACGUUGGUUAGCACAUUUUCAUAUUCUUCUUUUAUUCUGCAGCUUAAGUUGUUGAUUAUACACAAAAUACACAACAUUUGUGCUCAGAACAUGGUUUACGCUUUCAAAAUCAUAGCUUUCUGCUCUCGCAUCUAGACUUGCAGAUUGAUUAAAGCUUCUAUUUUCUGAGCGCUCACUCACUAGGUUUGGAGAUGAUGAGAGUUGCUUCGACUGGUGAUCUGUGUGUGCUGUUACCAGUAAUUGCAGGUGUGUGUUUGUGUGUGUGUGUGUGUGUGUGUGUGUGUGUGUGUGUGUGUGUGUGGGGGGGGGGGGUGCAGCUCUCUAAAAAUGUGCUCUUGGCAGGUAAUGGGGGUAAAGAGAGACAGGCUGAAAGAAAGAGAGGAAUGGAAAAACAACUCCAGCUGCCUUCACCCGCUCAGCCUGCAGGGAUUUCUUCCUCUUUUAUUUAUUUUUAUUUAUUUUUUUACAAUUUUUGUAGUUGUUGGGUGGCUUUCUCCCUUUGCUGUCUGCUUGGCCAAUGAAGAGUGUUGUUUAUGUCUGCCAGACUCCUGCAUGUUGCACGUACCUGUAGAGCUGUCACACACACACACACACAGACACAAACACACACACACACACACACACACACACACACACACACACACACACACACACACACACCCACACCCCAACACACUGUAUAUGUCUCCUCUGCUCUCAUAUUUGUAUUAACUGGACUCUCGCACAACUUCUCCCAGUGUGAUCCAAAUCUAUAUGAAUACAGGACACUGUACACUGUAAAAACAAUCACAUUCUCUUCUUCUUUUUUACCGCAGGCCAAAUAACAAACCCCCCCCCCCCCUCUCGUUGCAUGUAAUGUCGUACGCCCGUCCUCUCUCCAGGGGUGUUUUGGUUUUUAGGAUGUACCAGAAUGUUAAAGUGUUCAUAUAGAUAUCUAAUCUAGAUAUAUAUUUUCCCAUUAAUCUGGAACAUGCUUGGCAUUAUAUAAAAGUGAAGUUGGGGCCUGAGAUUGACACUGGGAUUAAGUUGUUUAUACUGUAUGUUGGCAAGGGCUGCCGAAUGCUAAAACAGCAUUAGUUUUGGUCUUCAGUCUUAAAAGAAAACACCGUUAUAGGCUACAUCCCUCUCUGACAGCUAAUGUCAUAUAGAAAAAAAUCUUGACACUUUUUGUCGUUUCAUCACAUCACCUACAAUUUUUUUGGGAUGUUUUCUAAUGGCUAACUUGUCCCAUGCAAUCAGAUUUUCUUUGGAAAUAGAAGCUUGUAGUUGCUUGGUUUGGUAUCACAGGUAGGUCUGUGGCUUUGCUGCAAGUCCCAAGUGAUCAGCUUUUCUUAAUGCACAUUUGCAUUUCUGGUUCUAAGCUUUUGAAUAGAGUCUUUAGUCUCCACUGUUUAUUUUUUAACAAAGGACUGCUUUGGAUAUAUCAAAUGAUGGAUAUAUCUUUAAUUUAACUAAUAUUGCAAUACUAUCUUUAUAACUGCCUCCCACAGCUUCAGUAUGAUAGUAUUAAAGUAUGUACUGUAUAUGUUACUUAAUAUCAGCCCCUUUCUUUAUGAAGAAAUGUUGAGUGGUUGGACUCUAUUAUUUUUUUGUGCCUCUCUGUGCCAUCAACUAGAUGUGACGUCCUCAUGAUGAUUGUACACACAGGGGCCUGAUAUCCCUGAAGUAACACAGCACAACGAAGCCUGCAUACGCACAGGGCGAAGGAUGCUCUCGAAUCUUGUGUAACGCUGGUAAUCUUAACCUGUUAGUGAGCCAGCUGCAGUUCAGGGCAAAUUCUGUUUUUGUGUAAAUGCAGCCCUUUUGUUUUGGUCUUUAGUUGUAGAAAUAGGAUAUUGACAUGAAAAUGCAGUCAGUUUUAUUUUUCGAGUGUUCAUUUACAUCACAACAGAAAAUCUUACUUGUAGUCUUGUGUAGUUUAGUUGUGACAUAUAUUAAUUUUUUUUUUUACAGCUGAAUCACUUCAGGUUAAAAACCAGAUCUUUCUGUUCUGUGUAAACGGAGCCUCCUCUAAGCUUCGGUGUGUUGCCAUUGUACCAGUACGCAGGCCGCGUAUUACAGUGUCAGUGGUGAGGCUGGACUUAGCAAUAGUAACUGUGUGUGUGUGUGUGUGUGUGUGUGUGUGUGUGUGUGUGUGUGUGUGUGUGUGUGUGUGUGUGUGUGUGUGUGAGACAAAGCUCUGCAAAGUAUUUCUGAUUUUCUGACACGUUUUGUAGAUUAAACUAGAUUUGCUGUGCUUCUUGCUUUGUAAACUGUUUUUUUUUUUUGCUUUUUAAGUAUGUGGAUUUUAGUCUUACCUGAAACAUACUGUAGAUUUUGCAACAUUUUAUAUCACACUGACAUUGCUAUUGUUUUACUGUGAAUAAGGUCAUUCUAGAGCAAUUUUAGCAUGCCUACUUACAACUGUAAUAGAACUGUUUUUAGUAGUUAAUAUAUAUUGCAUUUGGACUGACAGAACACGACAAACAUUGAUUUUAUUUAUUUUUUCAUAGUUACCUUCCAUAAUUCAUACUUUCAUCUUAUUUUUUGAAAAAUAUAUACAUUUCUUUUCUCUUAUUUUGAGCAGAAGGAAUUGUCUUUUACAUUCCUAAAUAAAAUGUGGACUAAAGCGCAA